AUGGCGUCCUGGAAGAAAUCAACAGACAAAGAUGAUUCCUACUGGAACCAGACCAGCAAAGAAACAUUGACAAAUCCAUUUGAUUUUGAAGAUAAUGUAACUGAAUUUGACGACACUAGAAGUUGGUUGACUGUGAAAGAGCAAGAAAAAGCCAGUGAGCUGUCUAAGAAUAUUCGUCAAGCAGUCAAUUUUGAUGAUGAUGACGAUGUUGACGUGAUAUCCUGGGAUGGAGCCAAUAAAGAUUAUAAAUCAGCCAGAUACCGACCUCCAACAUCUGUGAAUGAAUCCAAAACAAUUCAUGCAUCAUUGAAUUUAGGAUCGUCAGCAGCUAAAACUCAAUCAUUCUCCUCAUCUUUGAAUUAUUCCAAAACCUCCAGUCAAGGUAGUACUAAACCAGUAAGUGGGUAUUCUGAUGAACUGUCAAUAUCUGAAAUUGUUAAUGCUGCGCAACCCAAACGACAGGCAACACUGACUGAGAUUACAAAGUUAGAGACAGAAGUCAGAUUUCUACAACGUUCUUUAGAGUCUGCCAAGCGUGAUCGAUUUGCGGUAUUACCACCUCGAGACACCAUCAAGAGACUCAUAUACGGAGAUCCGUGCUCAUUGGAGAUGUAUAAAUCACUAACAGACAAACUAGCACUCCUGGAUGCCGCUGUUGAAAUGCAUGAUGGGAAUGCAAUAACUGCUGUGGUGUUGUUUCUGAAGAAUACUUUACACAGAAAGUUUUUUAUAUCAGAAUUAAUCAUGAGACCUGUUGCUAUCAACCACUAUCUGCAUUAUUUAAAGUGUCACUUUGAGUUAUCCGAGAUGGGCUCUAUACUCAGAAUCCUAGGAAGAACUGAAGAGGCUGCGAUGCUGCACUAUAAAAUGUCAAUUGUCAAGAUGCCCGCUGACAGACUUCGUAAUUUGAAAAACACAUUCAGGGAGUACUUCAAACACGACACAUCUUUAUCAGAAGCAACACCUUAUUUGGAAGAUCAUUGUGCGUUAUUAGAAAGACAGAUAGCGAUAGAGCAAACUGAUGUCCAUUUAGAAAAAGAAGGGAAACAUAUAAUGUUUAAAGAGGUUCCCAGGGUGACUACGCUACCAUUUUUACCUGUGAUUACGACUCUGUUUUACUGUUGUAUGUAUCACUAUGAAGCACCCGACAAUGAUAUUUCAAGUCCAUUCUCAAUGCGAAGAGAUUUUAAACUUACAGAGAAUCAGUUUCUAUAUACAGCACUUACAGCUAGAACUAAACUUAGAAGGUGGAGAGACAUAGAAACCAUGCUAACUGCCAAGGGUUGGUUUGGUGGUACUAAGAUGAAAGCCAGUAUAGGAUUUGAGAAAGUAAUUGAUAUCUUAUCCAAAAUGAAUGCUCCACCAGAGGUAAUGGGCAAGUAUAUAAUGUGUAUUGAUAAUACAGAAUUGAGACUUUCACUAGCUAAUAAAUUAAACUGCCAUGGUGCUGUGAUUGAUACAUUGGUACAGAUGAAAGAUAGACAACAACUUCAGAAAUACGGUACUAGUGGUAAAUUGAAGUACAAUAGUCCAGACAUGAUUAAACUGGACAGGGCUCUCAGAAGUACAGGUGUCAAAUGGAAAAAUUGAAAAUAAGUCACACUGUACUGAACCGUAUAAUUAUUGGUACAUUUACACUAUGGUGAAACAAAGUUUUUACUGAAAUGGAAAUGAAAUGGUGUAACUUUUAUUUGUAUGAUAUUGAUUUGUUUGGCCAGCAAAUAAUAAAACUUCUGCAGCAAUAUAAAUCAUUUUUUGUACAAUAUUUACAUGUACAUAAAUUAUCAAAAUAAUAAUUAUAU